AUGCCAAAAGCUGGUGAACCCCUGGGCGAUUUUCGUUAUCGAGUCUCCGACUUGGGAUUUCCUAUCUCGGAGGAAGGAAUGCAGAUGGUUCAGAAACUACGUAAGGAACAAGAAAAGAGGGAUCAGGAUGGGAAGGGCAUGUUUAUAUAUAAUGAUUGGAAUGGUCGGGGGAUGUCUGAACUCAUGGAGAACUUCUUGAUAGACUUCAAUAAAGAUAUCUUCAAGAAGACAAUGAGUCACUUCAAAAAAUGGGCAUACGUCGAAGGUCUCGCUUGUUUCGUCAAGUCGGCGCAUUUGAUGGAUUGGAUGGGCAAUGAAGAUGGCCUCGGCGUCGAAGAAAUCAUUCAUAUGCUAGGCGUCAUGGUCCUCACCUCCUUUUCCAUGCUCUCCGAACACUCCCUCUUCAAACCCGAUUCCGAAGUGAAGAACAUCGGCGUCAUGAGUCUCCUCCUGCUGGAAUUCCUCCACGGCCCGGCAACCGAUUUUGAUUGCGUUUGGGGCCCCGAGGUUGUGAGAUUAUGCGAUGAGGCUGGGUUUGAGUUGGACAAGGAUCUUCGAAAGCAGAUUGAACUUACAAAGGAAAACCUGCAGGAUAUGAGGGACUUAGCAUGGAUCCCAGAAGAUGAUUCGAGUGAAGACGGUAGUGAGAAGGUGUGCUACCCAUGGGAUUGGGAGCUUGAGUAUGAACAGUUCAAGAUGUAUCAUGAAGGAGGAAAUGAAUAUGAUUUGACUAAUAUGAGCGAGGAAGAUCGAGAGGCGUACACUCUCGAAACCAAAGCAUAUGCCAGGAGGAUUGGAAUCGAUUCUGAUUCUGAGCCUGAUCCUGAUCCUGAUUCAGGCUCAGAUUCAGAUUCAGAUUCAGAUUCAGAUUCAGAUUCCGAUUCAGAUUCCGAUUCAGAUUCCGAUUCAGAUUCCGAUUCAGAUUCCGAUUCAGAUUCCGAUCAGUUGAACAAGCAAGAAUAGUAGCUUCGUGUACGCUGCUUUUCUAAUUCAUGUUCUGAAAAGUACAAUAGCUCAAGUCCAUCCCUC